UCCCCCUGGGGCUGAAUCUUUAGGACUUGACCCCGUUCCCUCCCCCUUCCCUCACUCCUAGCUGGGCGGGAGCAUUUAUUCCCCAGAUUAAUUCCCCUUGUUUUUUGGGGGGGGGGCGGGUGGGUGUGUGUGUUGGGGGAAAGCGUCCCUGAAAUAGUAAAUAUUAUUGAGCUUUUCUUGCCCUUUUCCUCUUCGUUUUUAAAAUUUCCUUUUAUAAGGUGGGAAAACUGUGAAACCCACCUUGAUUCGUCCCCUCUUCCCCCUCCCCACCUUCCCUCGCCCUAAUCCCCCAACAAGGAAGGAAGGAGCAGUUGGUUAAAUCUCUGGUAAUCUAUGCCAGCAAUUAUGACAAUGUUAGCAGACCAUGCAGCUCGUCAGCUGCUCGAUUUCAGCCAAAAACUGGAUAUCAACUUAUUAGAUAAUGUGGUGAAUUGCUUAUACCAUGGAGAAGGAGCCCAGCAAAGAAUGGCUCAAGAAGUACUGACACAUUUAAAGGAGCAUCCUGAUGCUUGGACAAGAGUCGACACAAUUUUGGAAUUUUCUCAGAAUAUGAAUACGAAAUAUUAUGGACUACAAAUUUUGGAAAAUGUGAUAAAAACAAGGUGGAAGAUUCUCCCAAGGAACCAGUGUGAAGGAAUAAAAAAAUACGUUGUUGGCCUCAUUAUCAAGACAUCAUCUGACCCAACUUGUGUAGAGAAAGAAAAGGUGUAUAUCGGAAAAUUAAAUAUGAUCCUUGUUCAGAUACUGAAACAAGAAUGGCCGAAACAUUGGCCAACUUUUAUUAGUGAUAUCGUUGGAGCAAGUAGGACCAGCGAAAGUCUCUGUCAAAAUAAUAUGGUGAUUCUUAAACUCUUGAGCGAAGAAGUAUUUGAUUUUUCUAGUGGACAGAUAACCCAAGUCAAAUCUAAGCAUUUAAAAGACAGCAUGUGCAAUGAAUUCUCACAGAUAUUUCAACUGUGUCAGUUUGUAAUGGAAAAUUCUCAAAAUGCUCCACUUGUACAUGCAACCUUGGAAACGUUGCUUAGAUUCCUGAACUGGAUUCCACUGGGAUAUAUUUUUGAGACCAAAUUAAUCAGCACAUUAAUUUAUAAGUUCCUGAAUGUUCCAAUGUUUCGAAAUGUCUCUCUAAAGUGCCUCACUGAGAUUGCUGGUGUGAGUGUAAGCCAAUAUGAAGAACAAUUUGUAACGCUAUUUACUCUGACAAUGAUGCAACUAAAGCAGGUAAUGGCCCUUCAUUAUAUGUUGUUGGUAUCUGAAGUAGAAGAAACUGAAAUCUUUAAAAUUUGUCUUGAAUACUGGAAUCAUUUGGCUGCCGAACUCUAUAGAGAGAGUCCAUUCUCUACAUCUGCCUCUCCAUUGCUAUCUGGAAGUCAACAUUUUGAUGUUCCUCCCAGGAGACAGCUAUAUUUGCCCAUGUUAUUCAAGGUCCGUUUAUUAAUGGUUAGUCGAAUGGCUAAACCAGAGGAAGUAUUGGUUGUAGAGAAUGAUCAAGGAGAAGUUGUAAGAGAAUUCAUGAAGGAUACAGAUUCCAUAAAUUUGUAUAAGAAUAUGAGAGAAACAUUAGUUUAUCUUACUCAUCUAGAUUAUGUAGAUACAGAAAGAAUAAUGACAGAGAAGCUUCACAAUCAAGUGAAUGGUACGGAGUGGUCAUGGAAAAAUUUGAAUACAUUGUGUUGGGCAAUAGGCUCCAUUAGUGGAGCAAUGCAUGAAGAGGAUGAAAAACGAUUUCUUGUUACAGUUAUAAAGGAUCUAUUAGGAUUAUGUGAACAGAAAAGAGGCAAAGAUAAUAAAGCUAUUAUUGCAUCAAAUAUCAUGUACAUAGUAGGUCAAUAUCCACGAUUUUUGAGAGCUCACUGGAAAUUUUUGAAGACUGUAGUUAACAAGCUGUUUGAAUUCAUGCAUGAGACCCAUGAUGGAGUCCAGGACAUGGCUUGUGAUACUUUCAUUAAAAUAGCCCAAAAGUGCCGCAGGCAUUUUGUUCAGGUUCAGGUUGGGGAAGUGAUGCCAUUUAUUGAUGAGAUUUUGAACAACAUUAACACUAUUAUUUGUGAUCUUCAGCCUCAACAGGUUCAUACGUUUUAUGAAGCUGUGGGGUACAUGAUUGGUGCACAAACAGAUCAAACAGUACAAGAACACUUAAUAGAAAAAUACAUGCUACUCCCUAAUCAAGUCUGGGAUAGUAUAAUCCAGCAGGCAACCAAAUAUUUUGUAGGUGAAAUGGUUACAAAGCAACCAUUGAUUAGAAGUAUGCGAACAGUAAAAAGGGAAACUUUAAAGUUAAUAUCUGGUUGGGUGAGCCGAUCCAAUGAUCCACAGAUGGUAGCUGAAAAUUUUGUUCCCCCUCUGUUGGAUGCAGUUCUCAUUGAUUAUCAGAGAAACGUCCCAGCUGCUAGAGAACCAGAAGUGCUUAGUACUAUGGCCAUAAUUGUCAACAAGUUAGGGGGACAUAUAACAGCUGAAAUACCUCAAAUAUUUGAUGCUGUUUUUGAAUGCACAUUGAAUAUGAUAAAUAAGGACUUUGAAGAAUAUCCUGAACACAGAACAAACUUUUUCUUACUACUUCAGGCUGUCAAUUCUCAUUGUUUCCCAGCAUUCCUUGCUAUUCCACCUACACAGUUUAAACUUGUUUUGGAUUCCAUCAUUUGGGCCUUCAAACAUACGAUGAGGAAUGUCGCAGAUACAGGCUUACAGAUACUUUUUACACUCUUACAAAAUGUUGCACAAGAAGAAGCUGCAGCUCAGAGUUUUUAUCAAACGUAUUUUUGUGAUAUCCUUCAGCAUAUCUUUUCUGUUGUGACAGACACUUCACAUACUGCUGGUAAGAAUUUAAAACCAUUAAAAUGUUUCAACUGUCUGUUUUCACAGGAGUUUGCAGGUGAAGACACUUCUGAUUUGUUUUUGGAAGAAAGAGAAAUAGCCUUACGUCAGGCUGACGAAGAGAAACAUAAACGUCAAAUGUCUGUCCCUGGCAUCUUUAAUCCACAUGAGAUUCCAGAAGAGAUGUGUGAUUAAAAUCAAAAUUCAUGCUGUUUUUUUUUCUCUGCAACUCUUAUUGGCAGAGGAAAACAGCAUGUGGGUAUUUGUCGACCAAAAUGAUGCCAAUUUGUAAAUUAAAAUGUCACCUAGUGGCCCUUUUUCUUAUGUGUUUUUUGUAUAAGAACUUUUCUGUGAAAUAUCCUUCCAUUGUUUAAGCUUUUGUUUUGGUCGUCUUUAUUUAGUUUGCAUGAAGUUGAAAAUUAAGGCAUUUUUAAAAAUUUUACUUCAUGCCCAUUUUUGUGGCUGGGCUGGGGGGAGGAGGCAAAUUCGAUUUGAACAUAGACUUGUAAAUUCUAAUGCAAAAUUACACAUUUUUUCCUGUAAACAAUACCAAUUUUUAAUUAGGGAGCAUUUUCUUUCUAGCCUAUUUCAGUCUAGAAGAAAAGAUAAUGAGUAAAACAAAUUGCGUUGUUUAAAGGAUUAUAGUGCUGCAUUGUCUGAAGUUAGCAACUCUUGGACUGAAUCGUUUGUCUAGACUACAUGUAUUAAAAGUCUCUUUGGCAAGUUUGCAGCAAGAUCAUGUGCAUAUCAUCCCAUUGUAAAGCGACUUCAAAAAUAUGGGAACACAGUUAGUUAUUUUUACACAGUUCUUUUUGUUUUUGUGUGUGUGUGCUGUCGCUUGUCGACAACAGCUUUUUGUUUUCCUCAAUGAGGAGUGUUGCUCAUUUGUGAGCCUUCAUUAACUCGAAGUGAAAUGGUUAAAAAUAUUUAUCCUGUUAGAAUAGGCUGCAUCUUUUUAACAACUCAUUAAAAAACAAAACAAAACAACUGGCUUUUGAGAUGACUUAUACUAAUUUACAUUGUUUACCAAGCUGUAGUGCUUUAAGAACACUACUUAAAAAGCAAAAUAAACUUGGUUUACAUUUA